AUGCAAAGUGAUGAUUUAUUCCAAACUUCUUAUGGAGUUGGACAUCACUGGAGGAAAGGGUUUUAUUUCCCUGAUUCUGACACAAUGGCCAAACUUAGUAAAAGACUUACAUGGAGUUUAGAGCCCGAAUCUGCAGCUAAGUGUGACGAUCAGUAUCAAACUUCGAAUAGGCUUGCGUACGAUCGGAAGGUCCCGAAGGAUUAUUUAAAGUGUCCACAAAAUCCUCUACCACCUCAUCACUGGGAUGUUCACUACAUAAAUGAUUUUCGUUCACGAUUUCUCCGUGGAGGCUACAGAAGACCGCUAAGCCCAAGUCAUCAGACAACUGAAACAAAAGAAUCGUAUGGUAGUGUUGAUGGGCUCAGUGGACUGUGGCGUCCAUUAUCAAUGCGACCUUUUGAAAUUGAAGAUCAUCAUAAGGAUGGACCGUCCAAAAACAUCAUCCCGUCUACUAAAAACGCUAGUUUAUCAGGCAGAAUGUCAUAUCCCAAGGACAAAGAAAUAUUAAGAUACAUGGAUCCAUAUCUUACGACAUAUAUGAAAGACCAUAGGGUUUGGAAACCUGAAGAACUAAAGGAAAUAUCUCAAAAGAAUAUACCGACAUACUGGAAUUCAACAGACUACUUGAAGUCAAACGUGUUUGGUUUAGACUCCAAACCAAUAAUAAAAGAAGGCAUUGAAAACGAAAAACAACCUAUGAUUGACAUACUGAAGUUUAAUUGUCCGACAGAAAGCACUAGAGUACAACCGAUUUCCCAUCAUGUAGCACAUACAGGUUUUGAAAGCACUUACCAGUCGGAAUAUAAACAGCCCAAUAGUAUAUUAAGAAAAGCGGAUAAAGUGUGCCCAACAGAAACACCAUUCAUUUUGCCAGAUCCUGGAACUGUCCUAGCUCAUGCUGUACCAAAUAUGUAUAAAACGGAAUAUUCUGUUAUAGAUGAAAGGAGUUUUAACGAUUCAUAUUGUUUCAUACAAGAAUUUCGAGUCUUUAUGCAAUUAUCACCAUUCUUUCGUAUGCUUCUUAUAUACACGAUCGGUAUGUUUGGUGGAGGACUAAUUGUCCACCUCUACUAUGUACAACAUGAAGAGGAUUUGUAUACAGCAGCACUGUCUGCAGCCAAGUCACCGAAAUUGACAGCAAAUGAUAAUACAUAUAAACAGUUGAGUCUUUCGAACGAUUCAAUACACGAACAUGCAUUACAACAUUUAGCCGAGGCAACAUUGGCUAACGUAUUGGCUAAACAAGUACGUGUGUUCUGUUGGAUACUAACAAUGCCAGCGAAUCAUAAAUCAAAAGCUGUUCAUGUGAAAGCUACGUGGGCUGGUCGAUGUAAUAACUAUUUAUUUAUUAGUAGUGAAACUGAUUCGUAUCUUCCUUCAAUAGCUGUUAUCAAUGCUGAAGGUCGCAACUUAUUGUGGAAUAAAACAGCUGGAGCCAUAAAAUACAUGGCAAAACAUUAUGCCAAUGAUUACGAUUACUUCAUGAAGGCGGAUGAUGAUUCAUAUGUGAUUGUAGAGAAUCUGCGCAAAAUUUUACAUAAACAAAAUCCCGAUAAACCAUUUAUCAUGGGCAGACGAUUCAAGCCAUUUGUUAAACAAGGAUAUAUGUCCGGUGGUGGAGGAUAUGUGCUAUCUCGAGCUGGUCUUUUGAAUAUCGCUAAUGGUUUGGAAAAUAAUGCCAUUUGUCAAAGUAAUAAACAUGCAUUCGCUGAAGACGUGAAACUUGGAUCUUGUGCUGAAGCUACAAAUGUUUCAGUAAUUGAUAGUCUAGAUGCAGAAGGACGUGAAUGCUUUCAUCCGUUCUCUCCAUCACAUAUGCUUACAAAAGACACAAACGGCUACCCAGAAUGGUACCUAAAGUACAAUUACCACAGAAUAGAUACAGGAUUCGAUUGUUGCAGUGAUUAUGCUGUCUCAUUUCAUUAUAUUAGACCUGAAGAGAUGUAUCUCUAUGAAUAUAUGCUGUAUCACCUACAUCCUUAUGGGAUACAUCGAGAUUAUAUGGAUUUAAUGAAUUAUUUACAACAGAAUAGAAUUUCCUGA